AUGCCGGAAUCCGACGACGACUCCGACGACGAUGGAUUAUUCGGGCGAAGGAACACGACUUUAGAGGUGUCGUGGAGCGACGACGACGACGCGCUCGCCGGCGCGCGCGCGCCAGGGACGAAGAAAUCGACACCGUUGCGCGGAGCGCUCAAGUUGACUUCGGGAAAAGCGUCCUCGGACGACGACGACGACGACGACGCGCGCGCGUUCGAUGCGAAAAUCAGCGAAAUGAUCGCCACGGCCACCGACGGGUCGCCGCGCGGUUCGCCGUCGUCGGCGAAGAAGAGGGAGACGAAGAGGAGGGCGGCGGACGCGCGGUUCGCCGAGGCGACGGCGUCGCUUCCGCGGAGUAAAAAGAAUAAGAGCGACGAUGGAGGCGUGGGGUCGAGCGAUGCGACGCUGGAGAGCGUGCAAGCGUUGAAAAGCGCCUGCGAUGCGCUGGCGCAACGACCGCCGCCGGCGUACGUGCCGCGAGCGGUUGAGGCGCACGCGGUGGACGACGACGAGGACGACGAGGACGACGAGGACGUGCGAGAGGUGGUGAAUAACGGCGACAAGGACGGUGGCGUAGACGUGAUCGAGGGGAAUUUGAAUGAAGAGACUGGAAAUAUGAUAACUGUGAGUUUUCAGUUGCCGAAUGGUGACAAGUUUGAGCGGCGCGUGGGUGAGACGUGGACGUUUGCGAAAAUCGUCGGCGCUUGGCGCGAGUGCGCGGAGUGGUGCGAGAUGACGUGUUUGCUCGGUUCGGAACAACUCACGGUGGUAUGUGACGGUGACGUGGUCAGGGGGAACGAGACCCCGGAGACGUACGGAUUAGAAGAUGGCGACACGCUUGAUAUUAUCAAGCCGAAGUGA